CUUUCCACUUGAGCCAUGCCGACCCACCGCCUAAGUGAUGAUAGACACGGCGAGAGCACCUGGAACCAGGAGAACCGUUUCUGUGGCUGGUUCGAUGCCGAACUGAGCGAGAAAGGGAGAGAUGAAGCCAAGCGCGGGGCCCAGGCUGUCAAAGAUGCUGGCUACGAGUUUGACAUUUGCUAUACCUCUGUGUUGAAGAGGGCAAUCCGCACUCUCUGGUAUAUCCUGGAUGGCAUUGACCAGAUGUGGCUGCCAGUGGUGCGCACCUGGCGCCUGAAUGAGCGCCACUACGGGGGCCUGACGGGCCUCAACAAGGCCGAGACUGCAGCCAAGCACGGCGAGGAGCAGGUCAAGAUCUGGAGACGCUCCUAUGACAUCCCCCCACCCCCGAUGGAUGAAAAGCAUCCUUAUUAUCAGGUUAUCAGCAAGGAAAGGCGCUAUGCAGGUCUGAAGGCUGGGGAGCUGCCCUCUUGUGAGAGCCUCAAAGACACCAUUGCCCGUGCCCUGCCCUUCUGGAAUGAUGAGAUCGCGCCCCAGAUCAAAGCUGGCAAGAGGGUACUUAUUGCUGCUCACGGCAACAGCCUUCGGGGGAUUGUCAAGCACUUGGAAGGGAUGACCGACGCAGCCAUCAUGGAGCUCAACCUCCCAACUGGGAUUCCCAUUGUGUAUGAGUUGAUGGACAAAGCCAGCCUGAGUUUCCAUCAAAGAACCUAUGCAAUUCCUGGAUUACUAAGAGACUGCGGGCGGAAGGCCAUGGAGGCCGUAAUGGCGCUCCAAGGGCAAGGAAUCCAAGAAAUGAGGGAAGAACAAUGAGUGAAAUAAACACAUGGGGAAAAAACUUGGAGUGAG